AUGACGGCUGCGCAACGUUUCGAUGCUGCCCCACUUACUGAUCAGGCGUAUAUUCUCAUCACCAGCACACUUUGCCUGUUUUCUAAGAAUGGUUUCGUUCUACGACCAAGCUUGUCGCAUACAACUAAUGUCACAAGUGCAGAACUCGUCAUCAACGAAUAUCGUUUGCCCGAAUCCGCUGUUUCAUUGAAUAUGGUGAUUGAUACCUUGAACAGCCUGUUGAAGUUCACUCAAAUGCCAGGGAAUCACGCCCUUUUUACAGCGAUAACGCCGUCUUUAGGACAUAUUGUACCGGUCUUCCCACAGCUUGCACCUUUGGUUUCUGCGCUUAUGCUUCGAAUCUCGUCAGUAACUCGUGCACAAUUGGCGAUGAACUGUCUUGAUGCUCGCCCACAAGGCAGUCGAGAGAGGCGGCUAGUUAAUGCUGUUGAACGUGUUCUCAGCUCACGGGUGUUCACCACGGAUUGA